AUGUCGGAAUACUGGAAAUCGACGCCCUCGUACUGGUGCAAGUUCUGCAGCCAAUAUGUGCGCGACACAGGUAUCGAGAGGAAGAAUCAUGAGGCGAGUGCGAGGCAUCAAAACAACAUCCAACGAAGUCUACGGCAACUGCACAAGGACAAGCAGAUCGAGGAGCGAGAGAAGCAGAGGGCCAAAGAUGAAGUCGCCAGACUCAAUGGGAUGUUCGGAGACGGAAAGAACUCCUCAUCCUCGAAGCAACCCUCUGCGCCAGCGCCGAAACAUACCGCUACUGCCCCGCCUCAGCUAAGCACAGCGGCCCAGAGGAAAGCUCAUGCAGAACAGUUGGCUGCUUUGGGUGUGGAGCUACCAGAUGAGUUGAAGAAGGAGGUCACGGGCGUGGGAAACUAUCAAGUGGUGAACCAGCAUGCCGUGGAGGUAGCAGAAGGAGGAUCGAUCAGUGUCAAUCGAUCUCUGGCUGAGAUCCUGGCGGAAUCGAAGAAAGAGGCUGAGGAGACCGAGGAUAAGGUAAAGACGGAGGAAGAAGUGAAAGCUACGGCACAGGGUGUUUAUAAGAGGAAACUGGUGGAAGACGAGGAAGAUAUCAGGGAUGAAGAAGCUGCGCCCAAAAGGAAAGCAUGGGGGAGCAAUCUCAAGACGUAUCCUGGUUCGAAAGACAUCGAGGAGGAUGUGGGUGAUCUUGAUGCGCUUCUCGGCGGUGUCAAGAGGAAGAGGGAGCCUGAGAUAAAGCCUGAGGAUGGAGAGGAGGUCAAAAAGGAAGAAGGAGAUGAAGCUGCCAAGCCGAUCAGUGCGGUGCCGGACGUGGCUGAAUCUGGGGAGACUGCAAAGAAAGCAGAGGCAUGCUCAUACGCAGCAGCAGCCCCUGCUGUGGUGUUCAAGAAGCGGAAAGGGAAGAGAUGA